AUGGGCCUCACCCAAAGUAAACCCCCUCCUCCUUCUCUAGGGCACAGAAGACAGCGCUCCUCCAACCGCUCGAAUCACUACUCUUACGAUCUCUUCUCUACCAAUAACAACGGCCGCCGCGGCGGCACGCUGCUCUCUUCUUCCUCACGCAGCAAUUCUCAAAGCCAACUCCCCAAUGUUGUCCCGACUCUACCUACAUUCUUCUCCUUCCAGCAGGGCUCCGAACGCGCCCAAAAUGCCCGCCCUUACCUCGCCGAGUCGACACCCCUUCUGGGCCGGUUUCGGGCUAUGCCCCCGCGCCCGGUAGACGGGAGCCUUAGUGGUGCGAAUGGGGGUCGACGUGUGUCUGCUUCUUCGUCGUCGGCGGGGAAAGGACCGCAACACCCUGCGAGCGCGAAUUCGGUGACUUCAGGCCUGGCGGAGCCCGGUUGGAGGGGGAGUGUGCAUGUCGGGUAUGGCUAUGGCGCGUUGGUAGCGGCUGUGGCGGAAGAAGAACAGUGGAAUGAUGGUCUGAGUGAGAGUAGUGAGGAUGUAUCGGGGGAAGAGGCGGUGGUUGUGCGGGAAGUCAGCAGCAGGGGCUGCUGCUGUGCAGGGGAUGGCAGGUGGGGGAGGAGGAUGGGGAAACGGUUGAGGAGGUUCUGGAGAAGACUCGUGUACACCUGGGUUGAACCCAAGGCCAGUGUAGUGAGGAGAGUUGUUGAUACCUGGUGGUCGAGAUGGGGUGCGCUGGUUGUGUUGCCCGCGCUGUUGUAUCCCCUCCCAGAUAAUGACGAUCGAGGGCCCCGGCCGGGAGAGCCGGGGUCGAUUCCAGGACGCAAAGUACCUGGUCACGGGGCAGCCAAAGUACAAGUCAACUUCUGGUUCUUCUUGCUGGUCUACUACAGCCUCUACAAUCUCACAGCUCUCAUAUGGAUCACCAAACUCUUCAACAUAUACUCCCUCAACUGGUGGCCACAGUCUUUGGGCUUCCCUAUCACUGUAGCCCUUAUAGCCAUCAUCUCCAUUGCCGCUCCUAUCCCCAUCUACCUAACCCCUGAAACCAAGUGGCUGACAGUCCACAACACGGCCUGGAUUGCUUGGACCUUUGUCAUAAUGGCUAUCCCCGUUGCCAUAGCCUUUUUCAUUCUCAUGUCUAAUGAGAGGCAUUUAAGCUUGAGGCAUUCCCUUUCCGAAACCCAGCGCAUCUUCACAUCCUCCUGGUGGGCUGGAGAGCCUGAUGAUACAAUUUCACGACGUGAGAGACGGCAGCGGAAGGCCCUUGAUCCUGCUGCUUUCGACCCGACCCUGCCUGCCUCCGGCGUCGGGUUUUCCGAAGGCCGCUCACACCGUUCUACUCUGCCUGUCCGACUGCACCGUCGCUGGCUACCAGCCAGUUUCGUCCGUUUCAUGUGGUUCUGCAUGGCCCUGUCCAUCGGCUUGCUUGCAUACCUGAUAGGAGAGGCCUACGCCGAAAUCUACCUGUCCACGCUCCCCCAUAAUAACUGGGAGACGAUCGUGUAUGUGUAUGGCUGGAUCUCGACGGUGCAUCUGCUCGAUGGUCUGACGGGCUGGAUCCUUGGGGCUAAUGAGGGAGAGCGGGUCGGCAGCUAUCCCUUGAGUUUUAUCUUCAAGCUCUACUUCAUGCUCACCUACCAAACCUACGUCCGCGCCUUAUAUGCCCGCCUGCGAAGUCCCUCACAGUUCGUCCUUCUCCAAAUUCUUUCCUCAACAGGCCUCAUCAUCGUUACCCCUCUCCUCAUGUCAGCCACCUUCCACUGGUUCCUCACCUUGAUUGGCGCCACCUCCCAGAGUUACGGCUCCUACCAAAAGAUCUGCGUCCGCAACAUCUUUAUCCGCUUCCUCGCCGAGAACGCCUCCAUGCUGGCCUUCCUCGGCAGCGUGGUGGUUCUGCACUUCGGCUAUAACAAGGACGUGUACCCGUACUUUGCCUUCGACGGACUCGACGAGACGGAUGGUUAUGAUUUUAACUUGACGUUUUAUGCAUCCAGUAUCACAUGGGCAUGCGAACUUGCCGCAAGCUUUAUUGUCGCUGGACUCAUCCGCUGGAUCUACAAAGUCAAUGUCGUCACAGAGGGAAAGCUGGAUUUUAUUGUCUGGCCUGAGCUGCUGCCUACUUGUGUGGCGGUGAUGUUGCACGUGUUACAGAACAUGUUAUUCUCGAUCAUCCGGCUGCAAUUUCGGUGA